GUUUGAAGCAUUCUAUGUUGUAAUUUUUCCGAAUGAAUCAUGGAACGAGUUGAUAUGAAAUUCUCCAAAACGAAAGUUAAACAUGUGUCUAAACUUUUGAGUCGCUUUAAAAAUGACAGAAAAUGUGAAGAGUCAGUUGAUAAUCAUUCUUGACACAAAUCCAGUAUGGUGGGGUCAGAAACCAUCAUCUCAUUCCAAGGCUCAGCAGAAGAUGACAUUGACAGAGUGUUUGAAUUCUGUAAUGGUGUUUGCACAUUCACACAUAAUGAUGAACCAUUCCAACAAACUGGCCAUACUAGCAGCCCAUUCAGAUCAAAGUGUGUUUCUGUAUCCUAAAAAUGAAGCAUCGAAUCCUGGAAUGUCGGAGGAGAAUGGUACAACAGAAGGGAAUGAUGGGAAAUACGAAUUGUUUACUCAGGUUGACAAACAAAUAAAAGAGGGAAUACAAAGUCUUAUUGAUAACUGUAUGAAUGGACAGCUCUACCCAGACUCUCUGAUAGCUGGAGCCAUGACUAUGGCACUGUGUUAUAUCAACAAAACAGAGAAAAGUCAUGAGGAAUCAGGAAUUAUUUCAAGUCGAAUUCUGGUGAUAAAGGGAUCUGAGGACAACACAGAGCAGUAUAUGAAUUUGAUGAAUGCUGUGUUUACAGCCCAGAAACAGAAUGUGGUAAUUGAUGCUUGUAUUCUGGACAAUGAUUCCGGUCUGUUACAGCAGGCAUGUGAUAUAACGGGAGGCAUUUAUCUGAAGAUUCCUCAGAUGAAAGGACUACUGCAGUACCUACUGUGGGUAUUCCUCCCAGACCCCCUGGAAAGAUCUAAACUGACCUUACCCCCAAAAGUCCAAGUGGACUACAGAGCUGCCUGUUUCUGCCAUAGAAAUCUCAUAGACAUUGGAUAUGUGUGCUCCGUCUGUCUUUCUAUAUUUUGUGCAUUCAGUCCAAUAUGCGGAACUUGUCAAACAACAUUCAAGAUUUUUGGACCUCCAAAAGGUGUGAAGAAGAAAUCCAAAAAGCCACUGUGAUAUUGUUAACUAUAUUUACUGUCAAAGAUUAUUCAAUGUGUUCAAAGUAUGACAAAUUGCAGUUUUAUACACUGUAUUUAAAGGUGACCUGAGUCAUUCAGAUGACUUUUUGCUAAAACGUGUCCAUAUAUUUCACAUGCAGUGUGCACUAAUACAUAUAAAAUUCUGUACUGAAGGAGGCUAGUUCAUGAAUAUAUAAUGAUGCCAUCUUUACCAUAUUUGACACUUUGGUACGAGAAAGUGAUUGUUUGGCACAAUAUGAAAAAUUCACUCUCAAUUAAAUUAUUGAUUUUAGCUGCUCAUGAUAUUUAGGUUACUGCCAAUGUCCUUAGUAUAUUAUUAUUUUGUACAUAUUUGUGUCAUAUGUGUGUAUUUUUUUUAUAGCUGUGUAUGUAUAUAAAUUUUGUGUCAACAGUGA